AUGUCCCGCCUGCUGCGCGCACAAGACUGGGCAGAAGGGAAGGACUUGGGGGACCCGCAUCGCCACCCGCAGCCGCACGUCCACUCUCAGCUCCAGCAGCAGCAGCCUCCUGCCACCUUGCAGGACAGGGACCCGCCUGUCGUGUACCCUGCAGAGCUGUCCCUCCUGGACAGCACCGACCCACGCGCCUGGCUGGCUCCGACUUUGCAGGGCCUGUGCGCGGCACGCGCCACCCAGUACCUGCUGCGCUCCUCGGAGCUGAGCGCGUCCGCAGGUCCAGCCGCCCGGGAGGAGGAGGUGGACAGCGGCGGGGAGCUGGUGCUCAGGGGCAGCAACGGCAGCAGCAAAAGCCCCGCGCCCCUAAAAGUGCGGGAGCAGCUGUGCAAGCUCAAAGGCGGGCUGGUGGCGGAGGACCUGGGUUGCCAUCGCCAGCGCGCCCCUUCCAGCAAACAGGUGAACGGGGUGCAGAAGCAGAGGCGGCUGGCGGCCAACGCCAGGGAGCGGCGAAGGAUGCACGGCCUGAACCACGCCUUCGACCAGCUGCGCAACGUGAUCCCGUCCUUCAACAACGACAAGAAGCUCUCCAAGUACGAGACGCUGCAGAUGGCGCAGAUCUACAUCAACGCGCUGUCCGAGCUGCUGCAGACGCCGGCGGCCGGGGAGGCGUCCACGCCGCCGCAGCCUGCCGCUUGCAAGACUGACCACCACCACCUCCGCGCCGCUGUCCACUACGACUAUGAUUCCGGCUCCAGCACAACAGCCGCAGCCGCCUCCUCCGGGGCCCUGUCCACCCCGGGACCCGCGCAGAGGCCAGCGCCUCCCGGGAGCUGCCGGACUCGGUUUCCCGGCCCGGCCUCGGCGGGAGGCGGCUAUCCAGUGCCGCUGGACGCGCUGCACUUCUCCACCUUCGAGGGCAGCGCCCUGGCGGCACCGAGCAACCUGUCGCCCUCGCUGCCCGCUGGCCUCUUGCCCCCCGGGCAGGAGGAAAGUAGCAAAACGUCGCCUCGGUCCCACAGAAGCGACGGCGAGUUUUCCCCACGCUCCCAUUAUAGUGACUCGGAUGAGGCCAGCUAG